GGAAUCGGACGUGUGCCCGUCGAUCUUGAUGCGAAAACCAUCGCGGCGUUGGGACAAAUACCUACAAGUAUCUGUGCACUCCGCCUCCUCACGUGCGUGUGUGAUAUUUGUAACUUUAAUUUAUGGGAUGCGUUGAAUUGUAUCCGAUUGCUGCGACCGCAACGAAAUAAAACGCCAAUGAAACCCAGCUAAUUGAUGUGAUAAUGCUGCACAUGGAAAUCAUCGAAUUCGGACGACGUCGCACGAUGUGGAGGAGCCUUUUGGAUCGCCUCGAACUGGACGCAGAGGAUCGUCAGUGCCUCGAGAGAUUACAACAGCCGGCGGAAAGAUCCACCGAUAAGAGCUUCACGCCAAAGGUCAGUCUGCGUUAUCAGCCCGCGAUCGUCCCAUCAUUCCUGUCCAUUGGGAUUGCGGUGACUAUCUGCCUGGGAACUGCCCUCGCCGCUCCGCAAUCCUCCUGCAUCAUGUGCGACAAGGAGGACCUGCGACCACGACUUCCUCCCUACAGCGACAGCUACGAGGAGUACACCUUCGACCACCAGGUGACCCAGCAAGCGGCCCUGGAGUCCAUUCAGAAAUUUAAUGGCUCCAGAGGUCAGAACAAUGCCUGCAGUUCAAUCAAGUGCCCACCAAAUACACCAAAGUAUUGCCUAGGCGGUCAGUUUAUCAACGACCAUUGCUGGUGCGAACUGCAACACAGAGAAGAGGGCCUGCCCUAUGUGCCCCACGUGUGCUUCGCGGAUCAGAAGGUGCACACCUCCUCCGUGGAAUCCUGCUUCACAUUCGUCCAGGUCAAGGAGUGCUGCUGUGCUGAGAUCUGGAUCAAGAAGUGGCGACACAUUUCCGGCAGUUCUCGUGGCCAGCACGUGCCAAAUGUGUUGGUGCUGCUUUUAUUGAACCUGCUUUCUGCAUUCAGUAUACUCAGCUGCCGAAGAAGGAGGCGAAUAUUUUGCCAAAGCUAAGAAAUGGAUGUGAAGUCAUCAUGUG